AUGAGAGACAAAAUACCACUACAUGGACUUACCAUUUUAGCGUCGGACAACGAUUAUCCCAAGAAGGGUGGCGGUCAUAGCAGCUCAACCUAUCCCGGAGGAAGAAAAACUAGCACGUCCGGUUAUCCCGAAGGAGCUUCAGAUGGUGGAGAUUAUAAGAAGACCAGCCAUGUUUCAAAAAGUAUGGGUAGUAGCAGGGAUAUAAGAAGAAGUAUACGGAUUGGGUUGAAAAUCUUGGUUUUCAUUGAAGUUGUUGUAGUCAUCGCCCUCAUAUCAGCAAUCUAUACGAUGGCAGUGAAGGAUGUUAUUGCACCCGUUGUGGAAUGGCCAUUGGAACCUGUUCCCGGAACGGGAGAGUUUGACGAGUUUGCAGUAUCAUCGUCAUCUGAACUUUGCAGUGAAUUUGCCAGGAGUAUGUAUGUGGAAGGAUAUCGAAGCACCCUUAUAGCCGCUAUGCUGCAGCUUUGUCUCUCCCUACAGCAACCUGACCGAAGUGGAGAACUUGGAGCGUCGGUAGUCGUUCAUUACAGCCCUGAUAAGAAAUGUAGGUAUACGAGAGGGAUGUCGCAAAUGCCAGGAAGACCGGAUCUAGUUUCUCAUGCAUCAAUGGCUCUAAGCGGUGAUCCGUACGCAGAUUCAAAAGGUCCAUAUUCUGAACUCUUACCCUUAGAUUUGAUAACAACUUUGGGGCUUCUGGAAAAUGCGACAGCACAGGAGCUCGAAGAGCUUGCAAUUCUGAUAAAAGCUGAACACGGAGACAAAAUCAUUGCUUUGACUAUCAGUAAAGUGAAUCCGGUGGAUUGGUUGCACAUUAUGGACCCAAUCUUGAUUGACAAAUCUGAGGAAUUCACGAGAACAGAGGUAGGCGAUGUUGUGACUGUUCCCAAUUUUGAUGAAAAAAUGAAACACUUUGUCGAAGUUUUGAAAUACAAGGACCCGGACGAAUUGGAGAAUUAUUUGAGGAGCAAGUUGAUACCGGAUUUUUUACCAUACGGGGAUUCGUUCACUUCUGAUUUCACCCUUAUUGAUAAAGCUGCAGUAAAACGCUGGACUACCAAAGAAGUAACAACAGACAGUGAACACCCGCGCAGUUAUUGCUAUCCAGAUAAUCCCUCCGUAGCUAAGCACAUCUUCAGAAGUAUGGAAGAGGCAGACGCCCCUUCACUAACAUUCGACUUCAAGCCCGAUCAGGCAACAGCAGCGUUGCAAUACAUGAUAAACGAUUUAUAUCGUCGAGUAUCUGUCCUAGAUCGAGGUACUGCAUUCUACACGCUCUACAUGAGAGGAAACGAGAGCCAUGCUGACACGGAGCCUUUGAAGGCCAACAUGUUUACACUAGCAGUAGGAGAAGAAGCAUAUUCGUUUGUAGGCACUAUAGGAACAAGUUUCGGAUCUCGAUCGACGACACCUUUUAUGAACAACCUUGCACAUAAUCUGCUAAGAAACUUUUUGACUGUAAAAGGGUUCGCCAACAGCUUGCACCCAGUCAUAGAAAUAACCAACAAUACGGUGAGCAAAGUGUACUCGGGAGUUCCGGGUUAUCCAACAGUGAGCCCUGGAAUCCCGCGACUUAUCUAUUCCCUCAUAAUGACUACGUUCUUCAACUACACGCUUGAAGAAGCUGUAGGGUAUCCUUUGAUGUAUCCACAACCGACAUCUGAUGUAAUGUCGCGAUAUUAUUACCCUUUUCAAUCUCAAUUUGCUAAAAGUAUACCGGAAGGCAAAAAAAUUAAGGAUAUUCCUAUAGGAAGCGAUUCAGUGUCAGCAAUUUCACGUCGUUAUGACGAAAACGGUUAUCUACGUUAUAUUCCCUUUUAUAAAAAUGGUAGAGUUCUCUCUUUGCAUGACGUGCAAUUUAGGACAAGAUGA